AAUGCAAUAUCCAUCCUAUAUUUAUAAUCACAGAAUACUCUUAUAAUGAAAAUAUAACUAGAUGUUUAAAUAGUAAGAUAAUAGCUAACCAGAUAGAAAAAGUAGCUGAAUAGCUUCAAAUUGUUAUUGUGUGGGGUUAAUCAGAUGGCAGAAAGAACCAUCAACCAGAGAGAUAAGAUGUCUUCAAAUCACCCCCUCUUCAUAUCUCUCCCCCCAGAAAUCCGCUUCCCGAUUUAUGAUCUCAUCUUCCAGACACCGUCUGCCGGUUUCCAUCUUCUCGAUGUCUGCCAUCAAACCCGCAACGACGUCUGGCCUAUCCUGCUCAAGACACCCCGAUUCUUCAAGAGCAUGGAAGAUUUCAUCGACUGGGCAUCGCGGACUCCGACUGGGUUGGGGCAAUUCAUCAAGGAAAUCCAUAUCGAAUGCCAUGCCAACUGGUGGGCGAAAUUCAUGGCUGCAUACAAGGAAAUUCCACAUCCCAUGGAAUACAGGAUUCAGCAUGCUUCAACCUCAGUGCCAACAGCCAACACACUGGCUGAGUGGAAGCAGCGCUAUGUCGAUCUGGCCGAGGGCUUUGAGACUUCGCUAGACGACUGGAUGCGGAACGACGAGAUCGAAGCGGAUGGGGCGUGGAAAAGUUCACGCCCGCUUGAAGCGACCUGGCAGGCGCUUUGUAUGUUCAAGAACGUCCAGAUUGCCUCCCUCGUGCUGAAUGGGGGCUUGGAGAAAGCGUUUACGGGCCGGUACAAUCACCACCAACUACUGAUGCUUGAAAUGGCCGCCAACGCAUGGCCGCAUCUACGCGAGUUGGCCUUCAGUUCUGGCGUGAUCCCGAUCAGCUUCCUUCGUCUUUUCACGCAGCUACGCGCGCUGCGACUGCCCGGGCCGUCAAUCACAAGUCCAGACAAAACGCUGGACAUCCUGCAAAACAUGAAGCACCUGGAUACAUUGGCACUCCGGCGCUAUGCACGCGAUGAUUUCCGAAAUGUUACAGGGACAUUCCAUUUUAUGCGCGAUCUAGCGUUCACCCCUGGAGUGGUGGGAAAGAUGAAUCCUCUUCGCCAGGUGGAACUCCUCCAUGAGGAUGAGGACUGUCCACCAAUGUUAAUUACCGGCGACAUGAUGCUAGCGUUGCAUAACCACGCUGACACGCUCGAGUCUCUGGCUGUCCGAUCGAACGCGACGGUGAAUUCAGACGUUGUCAGCGAGAUUUCACGACUUCUUCCUCAUCUGAAGAAGUUGAGGGCUUUGGAAUUGGCAUUUGAGAUACCCGCACCGUUUAAUGAGGGGGAUUUGGAUAUCCCGACUACUGUUGAAAAGUGUGUGGUUGAUAUCAAGCAGAAGUGGUCGACGGCGUUGGUUUUGGUAACAUAAUCAUUUGAUAUACCUGAUAGACUCGUUUAUGUUAAAUCCAGUAUAUGUUAACCUUACAUCCAAUGAUAUCACGACUGUUAUAUAUAGACUGUCGCCUGAUGG